AUGCGUAGAUUCACACCUUGUGUAACUUUUUAUAGAUGUAAGUUCAUUUACAACAUCUUUCCAUGUGACAUAAAUAAAAAAAAAUAUUUUUCGUCGAUUGAACGUAUUGAAGAAUUAGAAAAGGUUAUUUUAAAUUAUCAUGAAAAAGAAGAGAAUAAUUUUUUAGGUAGGAAAAAAGAAUAUGAAAAUUUUAUAAGACAAGUAUUAAAAGAAAAAUGUGAUGAUUUUAAAACGGACAAAAUAUUUUUAUCAUCUUUAGAUGAUAAUGAUGUGACAUUCUUAAUAAAUAAUAAUGAUAUAGAGAAUAUAAAAGAUUAUGUAGAGAAAAGAAAUAAAGAUAAUAUAAUAAUUAAAGAUGAAAAUAAAUUAUAUGAAUAUAUAGAAAAAAUAAAGAUUAAGAGCGAAAUAAUGAAAAUAUUAUCUAUAUGUGGUAUUCGUAUAUCACUUAAUAUAUUAAUAUUUUAUAUGUAUGAUAUUAUAUUAAAAGUAAAAAAAUGUUUAGAUUAUUAUGAUAAGGAUAUUAUAAAAUAUGAUACUAUAAAAGAUAAAGAUAGAUAUUAUAAAAUAGGUCAAUAUUAUUAUUAUUGUGAUAAUAAAAAUAUAAAAGAUAAAAAAAAAAAAAGUCUACCAUUUUUUUUUUUAAACUUAUAUAAAGGUUUAUCUAAUAUAUUAUAUACUACAUGUGAGAAUUCUAUGCAAACAAAUAAUAAAAAAUAUAUAUCUAUUAAUGAAGAAAUAAUAAAUAGUUAUAAUUCAAUAGAUGAUAUUAUAUAUAAAGUCCCAGCCUUUUUAAAUAUUAGUAUUUUAUUUUAUUAUAUCAAUACGUGUUUAUAUAUAGAUCUAAGUAGGAAAUCGAAGAAUAUAUAUCUUCAAAAUUUAAAUAAUUAUAUAAAUUGUAUAGCUGACGAUGAAAUGAACAUUAGUAAAGAGGAUUUUAAUUAUUUGGUUUUAUGUAUGCGUUUAUAUUUUUUAGUUUUUUCUUAUAAUGAUAUAUUAAAUAUAUUAAAUGAAGGAUCCAAACAUUUUUUAUCAACACUUGUGUUACUUCCUAAUGAUAAUCAUAAUAAUAAUAAUAGUAAUAUUUAUUCCACACAAAAUGAUGAUAAUAUUAAUUAUGAAUAUAUAAUAAAUUAUUUAAAUAAAAAUGAAAAACAUAUAGAAAAUCAAAAAAUAUCAUUAUUUCCUUUUCAUUUUUAUUUAUCUUCUUUAAAAAAUAAAAUUAUUUAUAUAUUAGAAAAGAAUGAUGAUUUUUAUGUAAACGAUUCAAAUGUGCUUCGCUCUUACAAUUUUUGGCGUUAUUUUAUUGCCCUGAAGGAAAAUUUUAAAUUACUAAGUUUAUGUAAGAGGAACGAAUAUGUUGAUUUGUUUAAUGAUGAAACUAGAGAUUCGGUUUUAUUAAAAUAUGUUAAUAAGGAUUACCUUUACGUUUUCAAUCAAAGAAUGAACUACACAAAUGAACAAAAUAAAUAA